CAAUUUUCUUUACGUUUUGUUUUCUCCAUUGUGUUUCAGUUUCAAAACCCUAAAAAGCUUUUGCAAUUUCUUUUAAGAGCGAUUCUUUUUCGAAACCCUAGAAAAUCAACUCCGAUUGAAAAGAUGCAGUCAAACGAAGAAUUCGUCAAAUUUCUUGGAAAAGGCGCUUACGGUUACGUUAACCUAGUCCGCUACACCAAUCCCGACGACGGCUCUUUCUUUCUCUCCGCAGUCAAGAACUCAUACCACGAAGACUACGACACCCUCCAAAGAGAGCUACACGUUCUUCUCAAACUCAGGGGAUGUCCCAGGAUCGUUACAUGUUUCGGUGACUCUCUUCAACAAGGUCUCAGCAAUCACGGUAACAAAGUCCACAAACUGCGACUCGAGUACGCUUCCGAAGGUAGUUUAAGCGCUUUCAUGGACCAUUACGCCGACAGAAAGUUGCCGGAGCCGUUGAUUAAAGAUUUCACACGGAUGAUUCUCGAAGGUUUGGUCUCGAUACACGACCAUGGUUAUGUUCACUGCGACAUCAAACCAGACAACUUACUUGUCUUCCCUUCGAGACAAGAUUCAUACGAGCUCAAGAUUUCUGACUUCGGCAACACGUUAGAGGUGGGUGAGGUUCCUAAAUUCUGGGAAAGUGAGUUCCCGUGGGUUGGGACUCCCAUCUACAUGCCUCCUGAGUCUGUCCGUGACGGCUUCGCCAACAAAGGAAUAGAUUUGUGGUCGGUGGGGUGUUUGGUGCUGGAGAUGUACACUGGCGUGAUUCCUUGGGAAGGUGUUAAUAUCAAUCUUCUAGCGACUCGUCUUCGUAGUGGUAAAGCUCCUGUGAUCCCUGAGAGUUUGCCUUCUGAUGCAAAGGCUUUUAUUGAAACGUGUUUCUCAAGGAAUCCUGAGGAGAGAGGAAGUGCGUGCGAGUUGUUGCUUCAUCCGUUCUUGCCUCGUCCACAAGUUGAAGAAGAAGAGAAGAAGACAAGUAACUCGUUUCUGUUGAAGCUGUUCAAGUUGAGAAUCAGACGAACAACUUCCAACAAGAAACCAACGGCAGAUGCUGUUCUUGUUUCAGGUAAGAAGCCUCUGAAGUUGAGGUUUUUCCCGACAAAGACCACACAGUUUAAGAGAACUCUGAACAAAGUCUUGAGGUUGAAGAAAUCGACGGACUUCAAUUUAGUGUCUGUUCAUUAA